CUAGCAUGUCCUAAUUUUUGUUAAAACACAAUAACAUAAAUAGCACACCGUGCAAAUUGAAGACUCUCUGUUUUGAUCAAGUUUUGGUCGUUGUAUACGGACGAAAACAUUCAGAAUACUAAUAAAUAACCAAUCAAAAUAGAAAUGGCGGAGAAACCAACCAAUCAGAAUGUAUCUCUACGGAGAGUCCAUCUUACUUUUGGCAUUGUGACAGACAUUCAAUACGCAGAUUGCAAGGAUGGAAUGGACUAUACCUAUACGCGUCGCCGUUACUAUAGAAACGCCUUGAAUCAAGUAAAAGCUGCCAUUCUGUGCAUGUCUACAAAUAGCCAUGCAGUAAGUUUCCUUCUACAACUAGGGGACAUCAUUGACAGAAAGUCCUCUACUCAAGGUGCAGAAUCGUGUCGGAAAGCACUGAACAGUGUGCUCAAUGUUUUAUCAUCUCUACACAGACCUAUUUAUCACGUGAUCGGAAAUCAUGACCUCCAAUGUUUUCCUAGGACUUUUUAUAUUGACUCGCUUCUGAAAAACAUUUCUAGAAACAUGUCGUCUGCAACGUUUCCUCACCUACACUAUACAUUUUUAGCCCACGAAAAGCUUAGAGUAGUCGCCCUUGAUACAUUCGAAAUCAGUGUACUGGGCUAUGAGGACCAAUUGGACAAUGUCAGCUACAAGCUAGCACAGGAGAUGAUAAGGGCGCAUAAUCCAAAUGUUGACACUAGUGAUAUCACUGGAUUAGAAGGUGUCAAUCGAAGGUGGGCAUCUUACAAUGGCGGCGUCAGUAAAGAUCAGUUGCAAUGGCUGGCACAGGUUUUGGAGAAAGCUAAAUCGUGUGAAGAAAAUAUUAUCAUUAUAACCCAUGUUCCUGUGGUAUGUGACGAUGACCAGUACCUGGCCUGGAACUUUUCAGAAAUUGUUGAUGUCAUAGCGCAGUUUGAGUGUGUCAUAGGCGUAUUCUCAGGACACAGACACGAGGGUGGGAGUUCUAAAGUCGGAACCAUACAUCAUAUUACAUUUCCAGGAAUCAUUGAAACGCCACCGGAAGUCCACGCUUUUGCAGUCUUACAAAUGACAGACACAGAUUUGGAAAUAAUUGGGGUAGGCAGAGUACCAUGUUAUAGAAUACCACUUUGUUACCCUGUUAAAUAAUAGAAUACCACUUUGUUAGCCUGUGAAAGAAUAGAAUAUCACUUUGUUACCCUGUGAAAGAAUAGAAUAUCACUUUGUUAACCUUGUGAAUAAUAGAAUAUCACUUUGUUACCCUGUGAAAGAAUAGAAUACCACUUUGUUACCCUGUGAAAGAAUACCACUUUGUUACCCUGUGAAAGAAUAGAAUACCACUUUGUUACCCUGUGAAAUAAUAGAAUACCACUUUGUUAGUCUGUGAAAUAAUAGAAUACCACUUUGUUACCCUGUGAAAUAAUAAGAAUACCACUUUGUUACCCUGUGAAAUAAUAAGAAUACCACUUUUUUACCCUGUGUAAUAAUAGAAUACCACUUUGUUACCCUGUGAAAUAAUAGAAUACCACUUUGUUACCCUGUGAAAUAAUAGAAUACC